UCACGCUCGCCAGUUAGCUCUCGUCUUCAUGCGCCGUCCUCUGCUUUAGGAAUGGACGCGCACACUGUCUUAUGGACUCCCUCUUCAUUUUGCGAUACCGGGUGUUCAACCUAGGGCUUUUGCAUGGAGCGCCAUCCCCAUUCCUUUUUUGAGAUAGCGUCUCGCUAAGUUGGCCAGGCGGAACUCAUACUUGUGACCUCCUGCCUCACCCUCCCAACAGCGCUGGGGUUACAGGCGUGCGCCACACCAUUUUCCCCUUUCACUAGAAGUUCCUCCGACGCCACUCGGCUCUUUUCAGCCAACCGCAGGCUCGUCAGCCCCGCGUUUUGUAACCUGGCCGCCGAGGUCGCGCUUCUAUCGCGACUCGGGCCGCUUCAUCCGCCCUCAGUAAACAUGGCGGCGCUGUGGCUGGGGGGCGGGGCCACGUGGUGGCUCGUGGGAGACCCAGGCGUGGAGACCCCGCAGGAAGAGGGAGCGAUGCUGAUCUCGGAAAGAAAAAAGCGGUCUUUCUAGCCCUGGUAGCCCUGGCUGAACCACGGAGCUCUCCCUGGACCAUGUCCCUGGGCGGUGGAAGAUUGUGAGACCGUGGUUGAGAGCCAACUCGUAGCUGCUUGCCUGCUCCUGCCCACCUGAGUAGCCGCCCAGAUCACAGGAGCAGUGGCUGGCUUGGGAGAGCACAGACGCCGUGAGGAUGAGCGCAGGGGUGAGCACCUCAGCCCCACUCGUCACAACCUCGGACAUGACCCACGCCGCCCCCAUCUUCUCCUUGGUGGACUAUGUGGUGUUUGCCCUGCUGCUGCUGCUCUCCCUGGCCAUUGGGCUCUACCAUGCUUGUCGUGGCUGGGGCCACCAUACUGUUGGCCAGCUGCUGAUGGCGGACCGCAAAAUGACCUGCUUUCCUGUGGCACUGUCUCUGCUGGCCACGUUCCAGUCAGCUGUGGCCAUCUUGGGCGUGCCAUCUGAGAUCUACCGAUUUGGGACCCAGUAUUGGUUCCUGGGCUGCUGCUACUUUCUGGGGCUACUGAUCCCUGCUCAUGUCUUCAUCCCUGUCUUCUACCGCCUGCACCUCACCAGCACCUAUGAGUACCUGGAGCUCCGAUUCAAUAAAGCAGUGCGGAUUUGUGGAACGGUGACCUUUAUCUUUCAGAUGGUGAUCUACAUGGGGGUUGUGCUCUAUGCGCCGUCCCUGGCCCUCAAUGCAGUGACAGGCUUUGACCUGUGGCUCUCAGUGCUGACCGUGGGCAUUGUCUGUACUAUCUACACUGCACUGGGUGGGCUGAAGGCUGUCAUCUGGACAGAUGUGUUUCAGACACUGGUCAUGUUCCUAGGGCAGGUGGCUGUUAUUAUUGUGGGGUCGGCCAAAGUGGGCGGCAUAGGGCGUGUGUGGGAUGUGGCUUCCCAGCACAACCUCAUCUCCGGGAUCGAGCUGAAUCCGGACCCCUUUGUGCGGCACACGUUCUGGACCUUGGCCUUUGGGGGAGUUUUCAUGAUGCUCUCCUUAUACGGGGUGAACCAGGCGCAGGUGCAACGCUACCUCAGUUCCCACUCAGAGAAGGCUGCUGUGCUCUCCUGCUAUGCAGUGUUCCCCUGCCAGCAGAUAGUGCUCUGUAUAAGCUGCCUCAUUGGCCUGGUCAUGUUCGCCUAUUACCAAGAGUUUCCUUUGAGCAGCCAGCAAGCUCAGGCAGCUCCUGACCAGUUUGUCCUCUACUUUGUGAUGGAUCUCCUGAAAGGCCUGCCAGGCCUCCCUGGGCUCUUUGUUGCCUGCCUCUUCAGCGGCUCCCUCAGCACCAUUUCCUCUGCUUUUAAUUCAUUGGCAACUGUCACAAUGGAAGACCUGAUUCAACCCUGGUUCCCUGAAUUCUCUGAAACCCGGGCCAUCAUGCUUUCCAGAAGCCUCGCCUUUGGCUAUGGGCUGCUUUGUUUGGGAAUGGCCUAUGUUUCCUCCCAGGUGGGACCCUUGCUACAGGCAGCACUCAGUAUCUUCGGCAUGGUCGGGGGACCACUGCUUGGACUCUUCUGCCUUGGAAUAUUCUUUCCUUGUGCCAACCCUCCUGGUGCCAUUGUGGGCCUGUUGGCUGGACUUAUCAUGGCCUUCUGGAUCGGCAUCGGGAGUCUAGUGACUGGCAUGGGCUCUGGCACGGCAGCCUCUUCCCUGAAUGUGUCCAACUUCUCCCUGCCCAGCAAUCUGACCAAUGUGACUGUAACCACCGUGAUGCCGUUGACCACCCUCUCCAAGCCCACAGGGUUACAGCGGUUCUAUUCCCUGUCGUAUUUAUGGUACAGCGCUCACAACUCCACCACUGUCAUUGUGGUGGGCCUGAUUGUCAGUCUGCUCACCGGGCGGAUGCGGGGCCGGACCCUGAACCCUCAGACCAUUUACCCUGUGCUGCCAAGACUCCUCGCCCUCCUGCCCUUGUCCUGUCAGAAGCGGCUUUGCUGCCGAAGCCACAGCCAGGACGUCUCCAUGGACAACAGCCUGUAUCCAGAGAAGAUGAGGAAGGGCAUGCUGCAGGACAGUGGAGACAAGUGGGCAAUUGUUGAAGACGGGCCAAGCCAGGAGGGGCUCAGUCCCACCUUUGUCCUCCAGGAGACCUCACUGUGAUGGGGACCCGGGCGUGACCUCUGUCCUCACUGCUAAGCAGCAGCCAGAGGCCACUCUGUAGCAUGGAAAUGAGUCCCUUGAUAUGUUGUUUGGGUUAGGUGUGACCUAGGCCACACCAAAGCACCUUGCUCUUAAAGAUAGCCUGCUAUGGAGGCUAUUGCAUCUUGGGCUUAUGUCCCUUGUUAAUCUGUUCUCCAGAGGACCAGGCUGCAGGCAACAGAUUGUGCCAGAAGUGGGGAUAGAAGGAUCCUCUGGGAAAAGGAUAAUGGCUUCUGAGUCAACAUGGCCAACGUCCUUUGGUGUGAUUAUAACUGGCCUUGGGGCCAGUUUGGCAGAUUGACCAGCUCCACACAGAAUGAAGAGCUGUCUUAACCAGUUCUUGCUUCCCUUCUCAUCCCAUCUUGGCACCUACUCUCAGUCCCAGUGGCACUGUGAUUGCUUUCUAGUUGUCUGUGACACCCAGUCUCCUCUCAUUUUUUUCUGCCUACCUCCGUUCUUGAGAGGAAAGUUUUGGUGUCCCUGGGCCUCUCAGAAUAGACAAGUGCGUUUAUUCACUUCAUGUCAAGUGGGCAAGUUCUCCAUGUCAACAACUGCCUUCUCCACUGCUAAGAUGGUUGCCUGGGGACAGGGCAGAUGUAGAUCCAAGGAACCAGGGCCGUGACCAGGUCCUCUGUGGAGUGUGCCAGGCCACCCUGGUGUCAUUCUGUCAUCCAUGCUCCUGUUUCCUUUGGAGUUUCUUCCUUACAUGUCUUUGUUCCUAAGGAAUAAAAACAGCUGUCUAAUCUAGA